UAAAAAUUAUGGAGCUUUUUUAUUCCAGACUGUGGCAGAAGAUGGCGCUAUUCGGUGAUUCACUGCUGCUGGACGCUAUUGUCAUCGUGUCUGGUCUCCUGCUGCUAGCCCAUCUUUAUUUCCGACACAAGUUCAGUUACUGGGAAAAACGAGGUGUUCCAUUUGCACGGCCAACCACGUUGUUUGGUAACUUCAAGGAAUGUUUCUUACAAAGGGAAAGUGUGGGACAGUUUAUGCAGAGGAUGUACAAUGAAGGCGCUGGUAAACGUUUCUUCGGAAUUUACGUUUUUGGAAGACCUGCAAUUGUGUUAAGAGACCCUGAGCUGAUAAAGAUAAUUUUGGUGAAAGACUUCAACAUCUUCUACGAUCGUCUGGUGCAUUCCAACACCAAGACAGAUCCUCUGUCAAAUAACCUGUUCCUACUGAAGGGACCGGCAUGGAAGUACUUACGAUUCAAGAUGACACCACUCUUUACACCAUUUCGAGUGAAGCAGAUGUCCCCGUUAAUAUUUACUUGCGCCGAACAGCUCAGAGAAUAUUUAGAGAAUAAUGACAAAACAAAAAAGAUAAUAGAAGCGAAGGAAGUUUGUGGUAAAUUUGCCACUGACGUCAUAACCUCCUGUGCGUUUGGUAUAGGAAGUAACUGCCUCUUGGAUCCUAACGCUGAAUUCCGUGAAUUUGGAAGGAAGAUUUUUGACUUUUCCGUUUAUAGGAGUUUUGAGUUCAUGUCAACAUUUAUGUUACCGCUGGUUGUUAAGGUUAUGAAUGUCAAGUUCUUCUCAGAUGAAACAACCAAAUUCUUAAGGAAAGCGUUUUGGGAUACCAUUAAGGAAAGGGAGGAGAAGAACAUUGAGAGAGCAGAUUUCUUGCAGAUGUUGAUUCAACUAAAGAAUAACGAGAAAAAUGAAGCGAAAAGUAAAGCAGACAAGAAUGGAACCAGAAAUGACAUUGCGGACGAAAUGGAUGCUGCUAUUGAUUUCAAGGGAGACAUUCUUGUGGCACAAGCUGCAAUAUUCUUCACUGCAGGUUUUGAGGCUAAUGCUGCAGUGAUAGCCUUCAUACUCUAUGAGUUGGCAAUGCAGCCUCAUCUACAAACCAGACUGCGAGAAGAGAUUCUAGAUGCUAUGGACAAAAAUGAGGGGACGCUGACAUACGAGGCUGUUAGAGACAUGGAGUACCUCCACAUGGUGGUUUCAGAGGUACUCCGAAAAUAUCCUCCAAUGCCAAUACUAGACAGAGUCCCGAAUAGAGAUUACGUUAUCCCUGGUACCAACAUUACCAUUGAGAAGGGCACGGCAGUAUAUGUUCCCCUCUUGGGACUACACAUGGACCCAGACGUGUAUCCAGACCCAGAGCAUUUUGAUCCAGAGAGGUUCAGCGAGACGAACAGGACAACUCGCCAUCCUUUCAUGUAUUUGCCAUUUGGAGAGGGGCCUAAGAACUGCAUAGGUAGACUAUUUGGACUUAUUGCUGUGAAGCUGGGUAUAGCGAGCGUAAUAGGAAAGUUCGAAGUGUCGCCAUGUGCUGAAACGCCACGUUCUAUGCACUUAAACCCCAAAGCUAUGGUAUUGGCUGCCAAAGGAGGAAUUCCUCUAAAAUGCACCAGACUGAGUGACUGAUCACAUGUCUAUUUGCUGUUUGAUCUUUAAAAUUUACUAGAUAAUGUUGGCUGCAGAAUUUGUCUGUUUCAGUUGUAACUGUUAUAACUUUGUUUUAACUUUCUCUACAUUCAUGUGAUUUUUUUAUAAUCUGGUUGUGUAGUUUUGUUAUAUUUAUUUUGUUCUUUUAUUGUGUGCUAUCUGUAAUGGCAUUUUGGCUGCUAAUGCAGUUCAGUUUGGUUCUUUACUAUUAGUGUGCUGCAUCAACAACCAGGUCAAUUAUAAAAACAGCACAAGAGAAGAACACAAUAUCAAAGAGCUACAUGUGCAAGUUA